UAUGCACAUUUUCAUACACACCAACCCGUUAAUAUUUCUCGCCACGAAAGAGGAAAUUUCCCUUCUUUUUUUUUCAUUUUGUGAACCCAUUUCACACCAUGGUCUCCGAGUUGAGCCAAUCGAAAAAUGUCUGCGUGAUCGGGGCAGGACCGUCAGGGCUAGUGGCGGCGAGAGAGCUGAGGAAAGAAGGUCAUAGGGUGGUGGUUUUGGAGCAAAAACACGAUGUUGGUGGACAAUGGUUGUAUGAACCAAAUGUAGAGAAAGAAGAUCGUUUAGGGAGGAACAAGUUCUUAGAAGUGCAUAGUAGUAUUUAUGCGUCUCUUAGAUUAGUAUCCCCUAGGGAGAUCAUGGGUUACACAGAUUUCCCAUUCAUGGUGAAGAAAGGUAGAGAUAUGAGGAGAUUUCCCGGCCAUAAGGAACUUUGGUUAUAUCUUAAGGAUUUUUGUGAUCACUUUGAUUUAAGGAAGAUGAUAAGGUUUAAUACUAGAGUAGAGUAUGCAGGAAUAUUGGAUUAUGGCGAGUUUAAAGAAGAUUUGAAAUGGGUUGUAAAGAGUAGAGAAGAAAACAAUGGAAAAAAAGAAGUGGAAGAGGUUUUUGAUGCGGUGGUUGUCGCUACUGGUCAUUACUCUCAUCCUAGGAUGCCUACCAUUAAAGGGAUGGAUACAUGGAAGAGGAAGCAUAUGCACAGUCACAUUUACAGGGUUCCAGAGCCAUUUCGCAAUGAGGUAGUUGUGGUUGUGGGGAAUUCACUAAGUGGGCAAGAUAUAUCUAUGGAGCUGGUACAAGUAGCAAAGGACGUUCACCUCAGUGCCAAAUCCCUUGAGAUCACACCCGGUUUAUCCAAAGUCAUCUCCCAUCAUGAAAACUUGCAUCUUCGUCCACAGAUAGAAUUCCUUGAAGAAGAUGGGAGGGUGGUAUUUGCAGAUGGGUCUCAGGUCAUUGCCGACACCAUCUUAUACUGCACAGGGUAUACGUACACAUUCCCAUUUCUUGACACUAAAGGAAUAGUGAGUGUGGAAGAUGGUAAAGUGGGACCUUUGUAUGAGCACACCUUCCCUCCAUCGCUUGCUCCCUCUCUGUCCUUUAUAGGCAUACCUAGAAAGAUCAUAGGGUUCCCUUUCUUUGAAUCACAAGCAAAAUGGAUAGCUCAACUGCUGUCUGGGAAAAGAAAGCUUCCAUCAUGGGAUGAGAUGAUGCUUGCCAUUAAGGAGUUUUAUCAAUCAAGGGAUGCUGCUGGCAUUCCUAAGCACAACACUCAUGAUAUUGCAGAUUUUGAGUAUUGUGACAGAUAUGCAGAUCAUGUUGGAUUCCCUCGCUUAGAAGAAUGGAGGAAACAGCUCUGCAUAUCGGCCUUAGUAAAUGCUGAUGCCAACCUGGAGACAUACAGGGACUCCUGGGAUGACCAUGAUUUGCUUCAAGAGGCUCUUCAAAGUCCUCAUUUCACUCAACAACUUGGGGUUCAAGAUUUUACUAUCUAGACUUUCCUUUUUUUUUUUUUGGGGUUUUGUUUGGACCACUCUUUUUAAUAUCAAUCUGUCUGUCUGUUUAUGAUUCAUUGUUUAAGGUGGAGGGGAAAAAAUUUGAGGGGGAUUGCUAUAGGGUAUUGGAGAAAAGAUAUUCAAUCAUAAUUGUUUUCCAAUCAAUUUUGGCGAAGUAUGGUUCAAGAGUAUCUAUAUACAACUCUGCUUCUGUUUUU